AUGGGCAGAUUUUUUACUAUUUCCCUGGCUACCUUUGCGGCCACUGGGUCGUUCCUUUUCGGAUACGACUCUGGUGUGAUGACCGAUGUUAUUGCUAGCCCUAACUUCCUCGCUUUCUUCAACACUACUAAAACAUCUGCCAUCAUCGGAGCGAUCAACAGUACAUUCAAUGGAGGCGCUGCUAUUGGUGCCCUGCAGGGCGGUCUCACGAUGGAUCGGUUCGGCCGUAAAUUCACCAUUCAGAUGGGCGCGUUCAUCUGUCUCGUUGGUGCCAUCCUUCAGGCCGCCGCACAGAACUUGGCUAUGAUUUUGGUUGGGCGUAUCUUAGCAGGCUGGGCCGUCGGUCUCAUGUCCAUGUCCGUCCCAGUUUACCAGGCUGAAGUUGCUCAUCCUCGCUCCCGUGGGUUGAUCGUCGGUUUAGCACAACAAAUGAUUGGCGUCGGUUUCAUCGUCAGCACGUGGGUUGGUUAUGGAUCGCUUCACGCACCGGAUACCAGCGAAUUCCAAUGGCGGUUCCCUCUUGCAUUCCAGGCAGUCCCUGCUCUUCUUCUCGCCAUCGGUAUGUUCUUCUUACCAGAGUCACCUCGAUAUUUGGUUGAGAAGGAGAAAUAUGACGAGUCCUUGAGGAUUCUGAAGAAACUGCACUUUGAUGGAACGAACGACGACUGGAUUCAAGCCGAAUAUAAUGAAAUCAGGACAACCAUUGAAGCUGAGAAGGCCGUGACCGUUUCUGGUUGGCUCAUCAUGUUUCAGGUGCCUCAAUGGCGGACCAGAUUGCUUCAUGGUGUCGCUGUCCAGGUCUUUACCCAGAUGACUGGUGUCAACGUAAUUGGCUACUACCAAUCCAUCAUGUACGAGGCUCUCGGCAUUACAGGGAAUCGGGCGACGCUAGUGAUCGGCAUCUACAACUGCGUAGGCCCCCUGGCCAAUUUGAUUUUCAUCGUUUUCAUUCUCGACAAGGUGGGACGACGCAAGCCCAUGAUGUUCGGUACAAUCGGAAUUACCAUUGCUCUGUUCUGCGAGGCGGCAUUGAACUCGCAAAAUGUGAACGGUGAACGCCAUGGUUACAGUAUCGGUGGUGUUUUCUUCCUCUUCUGCGUGACUGUCAUGUUCUCUUGUUCUUUUGGCCCUUGCAGCUGGGUUUACAUGUCUGAGGUCAUGCCUAUGCAGAUCCGAGGCAAGGGAAAUGCAUUUGCUACCGGCAUCGGAAACUGGACUGUCGCCACUCUCUGGGCCCAAGUUUCCCCGAUUGCUCUGGGCAGUAUCGGUUGGAAAUUCUACUUCAUUUUCGCCGCAUUUAACAUCUGCGUCUCCCUUCCGGUCAUCUACUUCCUCUUCAAGGAGACUAAGCAAAAGUCUCUAGAGGAGAUUGACUUGCUUUUUGGUGGCCGUGCCUUAGGCACCCUGCCUGAGAAUGUGGCCGAGAAAUCCGACGACACCGGCAUCUCUGUCACAAACGUGGAACACACUGUUUAA